CGCCUCCAAGUUCAACCUGUCGAAUGGAAACCGAAAAUGUGAGGUUAUGUCGAAACGAAAAUCGUGUAUACAACGUUCUGUAAAAUCUAAAAAUAAGUAAGUCGAUACCGAUGCUGUAGAAAUGACCGAAUAUAGAAGUCCGUAAUGCCCGUCAUCCAAAAAUAUCUUAAUACUGUGAAGACGCACGAGUCACCACGAAUGUUUUAGUGUAGUGUCUCGAUGAAACGACUCCGGGCCGCGAGAAAUUCAAAAUUUUGAUUUUGGAGUUUGUUAGCGUCGGUCGUACACGAUGGGCGAAGUAUCAGACGCUGUUAAAAAGUGUUGCAACAUAUUGAAGAACUCUGGUAGUGAUACCGAAAAGUUCGCAGCUUUGUUUAUGGUUACGAAAUUAGUGAAAGGCAAGCACGCUACACCGAAUGCGAAAAAAGCUAUUUUCGAGUCUAUCGGUUUCGAUUUUCUGCGAAGAUUAUUGUUGGCUACGGAUGUUCCGGUCGAUUGUCCACCUUCCAUAUACAAAUCCGUUGCUCUAUCGAUAAUAUCGGUGUUUUGCAAUGAAGAAGAAUUGGCUACGAAAAAGGAAAUGUUGGAAUUCGCGCCAGUAUUCCUCGAUAUAGUGAAAACCGCCGAUGAUGCCGCGAAUGACGACAGUUUGAUGGCUAUUGGCGAAGCCUAUAACUGCCUAAAAGGCAUUGCAGCAUAUGCACCCGGUCAAAAAAAGCUCAUCGAAAGCCAGGCUGUAGAUAAACUAGGAGAAAUAUAUUCCCAAGGUUGUUUUCAAUCAGACGAAGCGCUCAACAUCAUGGCUGUCCUAAUCGCUAAAGAUCCCAAAUCCUGGAAUAAUAAAGACCCCAAAGCAUAUCAUGCCUUACUCAAUAAAAUCUCUGUAGACUUCGAAACGGAUCAAGAUAAAAGAAAAUUCGAAAUCUGCGAAGUUCUGCACGCUCUAGUAUUCAACUGUCCAAGAACUAACAUUCUAGAAUAUGCCCAAACCGAAAUCUGGCCCCAUAGUGUCUACAAAGGCUUGUGUGACAUCCUCCAAAGCAAAAUAGGUCCUGCUCAAAGAAAUCCAGCUCUUUUACUCACUUCCAGCGCUUUAGAACUGUUGGGAAUUGAAUGGAUAUUCACUGAUGAAGACAAAGGUAAACAAAUAUUUCUACUGUUGAUCCAACUGGCUGCCAUCGAAAUCAGAAUGCAAUUGGAGAAUAAAAACUUGAAAUCUUUAGCUGCACAUCAAAAUUUAAUAACAGCUUGUUAUUUGAUAUUAGAGUUGUGCAUAAAUUAUAUCACUGAAGAUAAAAUUGAUUUGGAAGAAAAAGAAAAACAGACUUUGUAUACAGGAUUGAAGGGGGCUUUUACUGCUAUCGCUGGAUUGAUGGGGAAAAUUGAUGCAGAUAAAUCCAAACCUUCAAACAGUGAUAAACUGUUUAUUUGUGCUACAAUACGGGUGUUAGCAGCUUGGUUAGCUCAAGAAACAACAGCAAUGAGACCACAGAUAUAUCAGUUACUCCCAUUUAUUCUUGAACUAGCUAAUGAGACUUUCUACGCCUGCAGAGAUAGAAGAUUGGCUGAGAAAUUAGGUACACCCCAUGAAAAUAACCCCUUGAGUAAUGUAGAUACUCUAAGAGUAUUUUUACCAGCUUUAUGCCACUUGGUUGUUGAAGAUGACGCUAGAAGAGCGUUUCUUAAAGUUAAAGAAGAAAAAGUGUUAUUAGACGUCCUAGAAUUCCACUGGACCAUUGUACAUUACAAAAGACCACCAGUUCCAAGAUCUGAAAGACUUAAAGCUUUGAAUACCCCAAUAACCUUCACUGCAGAGAUGCUUGAAGACCAGAAAGACUCCAGAGCGGCUAUGAUAAGCACCUGCAACAUUCUAAUGAAUUUAACUGUAUUAGAACCAAAAAUCGUCGACCAAUCUGAAGUUUUUGACAACUUAUCCAAGUUCGUUUUUGAAAAUUUGCCUGAAUUGAAGGAUAUACCUGAGAAUUUGGUGCUGCAUGGCAAUUUAUCAGUGUUGGGGUUGCUGUUGUUGAAACAGCUGUCAAAUAAAGUAAAAAAGAAUGAUUUUUCUUUAUGCAGAUUCAUCCAAGCAACUAUCAGAUUCCUAUGGGAUGCUUACACCAUUGAUCAAUCUUCGAGCGAUCCUUCUGAACUGGUGGUCGCCAUGGCUUAUAAAGAACAUUGGAUGGAAUUAACGGAUUUGUGGUACCUGGGAAUGCAAACUAUAUCUGGGGUACUCAAAGGCACCCCUUGGAUAUCAGAAUUUGCUAUAGAAAGCGGUUGGGCUGAAGGCAUUUGUCAAUUGUUGAAGAAAGUUAAACAUGGUGCUCUUCCACCUAACGUGAAAUCCGCUUUUGAGGACUUUUUGUGCCACCUUGUAGACGCGAACAACAGCGUUGUGGAGGUUUUGAAGAAAGCUGAUGCCUUGCAAGUGUGCAGAAAUCACAGACUGAUGGAUUUGGGGAAAAAAUUGUUUGGGGAUUAAGCGUUUGCAUUGUAGUUUUUUUUUUUAAUUAUUUGCUAAGUACUUUCUUUUUGUGGCACAAUAUUUUAUUCACUCAUAGAAUGUAAAUAGUUGAAUUUUGUUAUUAUUUAUUUUAAUAUUUGUGCCAUUAGAUUUAAAAAGGUAAACUCAAAAUAAAUGCUAAGCAAAAACAUGCUCAUUAAACUGUGUUGAAAAACUAAGUCUAUAUCUGCAUUUGUUUUUUUUAAGCAUACAUUUUUGUACAAUUUUUAUAAUAUGAACGCUCUUGUAUAUUAUUAAUAAUAAAACUAUUUAUAUAUUGUU